AUGGACCUGGCCACAGAGAGCAUCCGCUGGCAGGACCUCAACUCGGGCAAGAAAGGCACACUGGUGAAAGGUGUGAGAUCAGACUGUAUAGCAGUGGACUGGCUCGGGAGGAACCUGUACUGGACGGAUGGGGCAGCAGGGCAGGUGCUGGCCACUUGCCUGGGAGCUACCUGGAGAGGGACACCAGAGUACACUGUGGUGAUGGAUGGAGAUCUGGACCAGCCCCACUCCUUGGUGCUCCAGCCACUGGCAGGGUUGCUGUACUGGUCAGAAGUGGGGAGACACCCACGGCUGAUGGAAGCCACCAUGGAUGGGAGUCGGCGGCAUGUGCUACUGGCCCAGGGGCUGGGCUGGCCCACAGCACUGGCCCUUGACCUGCCCACACAGAGGAUCUUCUGGCUGGAUGAGAAGCUGGGCAGCAUUGGUUCUGCACAUCUGGAUGGCACCAGUGUGAAGGUCCUGCAGUUGGGCUGGGUCCGGAGCCCCUUUGCGGCGGCUGUGUGUGAGGGGCAGCUUUACUGGUCAGAGAGGAAGGCAUGGUCCGUGCAGCAGGUGGACAAGGACAGCGGCAAGAACAGGACCGUGCUUCUGAAGCGACAUGGGCAGCCCCAUGGCCUCCAGGUGAUGCACCCAGCCCUGCGCCCCGUGUCCCCCAACCCCUGCGUGUCGCGUGGCUGCUCCCACCUGUGCCUGCUGAGCGCCAGGCACGCCGGGCAGUGCCGGUGCCCCACCGGGCUGACACUGGCUGCCGAUGAGACCACCUGCCUGCCCCUCCGUGAUUCAGCCUUUGCUCUCCUGGUGUCACCGGCAGCUGUGGCGCAGGUCUACCUGAAGGACCUGCCCACAACGGCUGGAUCCCAAGGCUUUCCCCAGCACCGGGCUCUGCCCUUGGCCAAGGUGGGCCACCUGACGGCCAUCGACUACGCAGUGAAAGACAAGAGCCUAUACUUUGCAGAGGUGGGGGGUGACUCCAUUGGGCUACUGCGCAUGAAGGACUGGGGCCGGCUGUCCUGGAAGCAGGCGGUGGCUGUGGAGGGCAUGGUGACAUCCCUGGCCCUGGACUGGCUGAGCGGGAACCUGUACUGGAUUGGGGGGCAGCCGCCCAGCAUCCACGUGGCAGCUGCCGGGGGGCGGUGGGCCCUGGUGCUGCUCAGCGAGGGGCUGCAGGGGGCCGCCUGGCUGGCCCUGUGCCCUCGCGCCUCCACCAUGUGCUUUGUCACGGCGGCUGGCAACCGCAGGCCCAGCGCCACAGUGGAGUGUGCGGCCAUGGAUGGCACCGGCCGCAGGGCCGUCUGGAGGAGAGCCCGGGCUCCCACCGGCCUCGCCUUCGGGGGUGCUGGCACCCGGCUGUACUGGGCAGACCGGGAGAGAGGCACCAUCAGCAGCAUUGAGCUGGACGGAUCCCACUUCCGUGUGGUGCGGGAAGGGCUGCACGGCCUCUCGCUCUUCGCCGUCGGAGAAGGCUUUCUGCUCUGGAGCACGACCUCAACCAACGGCUCUAGCAAGAUCUGGCACAGCCGGCUGGAGCGGGCCGAGAGCUGGUGGUUCCCAAUGGAGCAGGAGUUGGUAGCCAUGAGGAUUUACAGCCAGUUCUCCCAGGAAGGCACAAAUGGCUGUGCGAAGAGCAACGGGGGCUGUGCCCAGCUCUGCCUGCCCAACCCUGCAGGGCGGCUGUGCCGCUGCUCUCCUGGCUACCACCUGGUGCGUGGGGUGGCAUGCACACCUGCACUGCCCUGCCCGGCCCCGCUCCGGGCUUGCCCUGACCUCCAGAGCUGCAUCUCUGGAGAGCAGGUCUGUGAUGGGCGCCCCGACUGCCUUGAUGGCUCCGACGAGUCUGACUGCCCCUCUGCGGAGGUGGGGACCCAAGUCCCCAUGGUGGCACCAUCAAGUACAUCCCACGUGAAAGAACAGAAACCAGCCUUACCCACAGCUGCACCUAAGCCUCUGCAGCCUGGUCCCAGCCUGCCCACAGCCCCUGGCCCCCAGGAGCACGGAGAGCCCUUCCUGGUACCCCCCAGCACCGAGGAGGUGCUGGGAGCCAUGCCGUGCAGCAGUGAGACGUGUAACCUGCGUGGGGAAUGCGCCAUCGAGGCUGGGCGAGUAAGAUGCCACUGCGCCCUGGGCUACCGUGGUGACUACUGUGAGGAGGCAGAGGUGCAGCCCGUUGCUGGUCCUAUUGCCCUGGGGGUGGCCGUGCUCCUGCUGCUUGCCGCUGCUGCUGUGGGGGCCCUGGCCUACAUGCGGAAGCGGGACAGGCGGAGGAGGACUUCAAGCACUGCCUCCACCCGAGUGCUGACCUUGUACCACCGUGAAAGUGACCCUGAGGAAGAGGAUGAGGAGGAGGAAGAGCUUCCCCCCAAGAGUGACACCUUUGUGAAUGAAGCUUACGAUGGGAAGGAGGAGCUGCCAGCCCCGCUGAGGAAGGGAUCAUCUCACCCCGACACUGUACUUUCAUAAAGGAACAUUUGUGCAGCGUU